AUGAGGAUCAAAAGCUUUGGACUUUUUUGUGUGUUGAUUCUGGUCUCACAGAUGCUACUAGCCAACUGUGAAAGACAGAAGGAAAGGAAAAAGGGAAGACAAGGCAUAGAAGACGGUGGAAAAAACCAAACUGAAUCUAACCAAGAAAAUGAAAAAGGGCGGAAGUCAAAAGGAGGAAAAGCAUCUCCUAAAGGCAAGUUUAAAACCAAAGAAAAUGCUGAGUGCACCUGGGCAGUGACCGACAUGAAUGCUAUUACUGUGCAUGUAGAGUGCAAGCAUGGUGACAGCGAGUUCUGGUGCGAAUUCUCUGGAGACCCUUCCACCUGUCCACACUAUGCAGCAAACCAAAAAUCCUACUGGAAACAAGUUUCCCGAUCCCUAAAGAAGCAGAAGGAGAUCUGUCAAGACCCCAAAAGUGUCCUAAAAUCUAAAGUGUGUAGGAAAGGCCCACGAAGCGCUCAUCUCAAGUUGACCCGAUCAAGCCUACUAACAUCAGUGGGUCCUGCGAAAGGGAACACAAGUCAUCAUGCAAAAGAAGUUGUUCAGAGCCCAGCAGCUGCCUCUGUGACUGAAAAAAAGCUAGAACACAGUCCUCAAGACUGUGUUGAAGACAUAGAUUAUAUUGAUCAGAAAAAGGUGGCUGAGGAAUACUGUCCAGAAAGCUUGCUUUCCUUCUGCAACUUUUUUAUCACAAUGGUGCAAGACAAAAAAUGCUGA